CCUUUUUUUUGUACUUUUGAAUUGGUGUAUGCCGUGUAUGCAGUUUCAUAAGCUCUAUGCAUUCUGAUUUGGGCAGUUUUGGUUUAAUGGUACAAGUAAGUGAUUGGAAGUGCUUCGUCGUGUGUUCGCGUCGGUUUUUCUUCUAGUGCGCGUAGUCGGCAUGCGAUCUUACGCAUCACUCAAUACUGAGUCUGAGUCAUGCAUGCGUGGUCGAUGGUACCAGAAUCCACUGUUCAAGCGCUACUGGCAUCACUAUCACAACACACUGAACUGGUUUCAACAUCACCAGCAACUAUUGCGUGAUGUCGCCGCCCAAAGCGCAGCGUCGAGUGAUUGUAACACCUAUAUUGAGAGGAGGCCCCUUCAAUCUUGCCAAGAACUGUGCACAUUGCAGGCUUCGCAAACAGGGCAGGAUGAUCACUUUGAGACUCCUGAGGAUGGUGACUUUGAGAUGCCAGUGACUGAAGAGCUGAUUGCUUUCUUUGAGCACAGUGCACGGCAUCGUAAAAGUCUUGGCGACUCUGGGGUCGAGCAGAAGUAUCAGUGGCGGCAAACGACAGCUUCAGGCUCCUGCCGGCACCACGUGCAGCUGUACGGGCCGGCUGCCGCAGCCGCAGUGCGAGGCAUGGAGACUGCCAUGCAGCUCUCCUUCGAACACUUCACUGACAGCCAGCAGCCCAAACCAUGGCCGAACAUCCCGCUCAAGCUCUGACCUUGCCAUUAAAUGACAGUCAUGCAGGAAGUGACACGGAUAUGUAUUGUGUGUUCAUGUCCGCCAGUGAAGAAUGACCAUCACACAAAAUUUGCAUCCGAGCUUGCUUUCCUGUAUAGAACGCGAAUGAAGAAGCCAUCAUUGAAGGCUGGAUGAACAUCACAGCGUGUGCUCACCUUUACAGAAUCGUUUUCCUUUGAAGGAGCUGAUGUGCUACACGCAAGGGCAAAAAUAAAUGGAAUGAAAGAUUGAGACACAGCCAUACUGGCUUUGUCUACAAACGGCUCUUCCUUGUCCGCCAGCAAGCGACCCUAGCUUUCUUUUGCAACCUGCUGCACAUCCCCACACCAUCCUUGAAUCACAAAAACCUCAGGAGCAUAUUGGCACACAUGCGAAGUGACGAUCUCGCUGCCAACCAUAAUGCCAACUGGUACCAUGACAUGGUAUAUCUUUUAAUCACAGCGCCCUAGUUGAAACUCCAUAGCAAUCCCCACUAUCCCUAGAAUCCUGGAUCUUCAUUCCAAGGGCUAUCCAUCAAGCAAGAAUCUGUUACGGAUGGGGUGCUUGCAGCCAGCAACAAAACUUUUCUAUACUCUGUCUCUGAAAUAGUUUGCAGCACUGCUGAUGGCACGAGGCAUACACAGGUAAUAUCCUAGCGCAGCGGAAUAUAGCUCCAGGUGCAACUGUCUGAUUAUUGGCGGGAUUAGUGAGAUUUAUUUUUUCUUGGCACAUUAUAAAUUACAGUGACAUGUGACAUGUUAGAACUCUUGCAUGUGCACAUCGUAUACCGCGAAUUACCGUGACGGUGAGCAGACUACGCGGCCCGGAUGAACACAUCUCGAGGGACAUUCAGCCUUCCUAUUGGCUAAGAACUCCUGCAGCUUCCGAAGUGCUGCAAACAACUUGUCAGAUGGCGCAGCUGGCACGCGCUCGCUAACCAAUGAGGUAUCCUGCUCUCUUCCUCCGCAUCUAUGCUUUCUGUGCAUUACUCUUGGUUUUUGUUGUAGCUAAAGAAACUUAUUACGCGCUUUCCUUGUGUCACCUUUGCACAGCCAUUCUAGGGGUUGGCCAAGAAUGCGCAUAUACAAAUACCACAUACGCAUUGCUGAAGUUGUCCGGGCCCAUACCCAGUGACCCAAAUUGCCUACUAGGCCGGACAGCAGCAGCUAGCUGCAAGUAGUCUACUUGGGCACAUACCCAGCAGACCAUGUCGCUUGGCAAGACAGCACAUACCUAUUGACCGCGAGAUCGAGUGUACUUCGCAUUGAUUUUGGUAGGUUCUGUGAUCCAUCGUAGUGCCCAACCUUUCACAUAAUCCAAUCUAGCGGCCUGCUAUCUAUUUAUAAUUGUUCCGAUAUUUUUUAUACUGUUGCAGGUGUGUGAUUUUUACUUAAAGCUGGAAUAUGUAAGAACCACCAGCACUUGUACUAAAACGACCUACCAAAUUCCAAACUUCAUUUUAAAAAAUCCAGUAAUGACUAUGAUCGUUCACCACAUUCUACAAAUAGCGAAAUUGUUAACAGUUUCUGUAAAUAAAAAUAUUGCCAUGUAUGUUCUGUACCUCUGCAUUUGAGAAUAGUAGUAGCCAUUUUGUGCUGAUUUCAAGUGUUUUCCUUUAUUUAUUUUAUGCAUCUUAAGAUAUAUAUAGUAUUUAAAUGUGUGCAUUUUACUGCAUGAACACUAUUCCUUCCACAUUUUACUAUGGUGAGUUUUUGGACCAAGUGGCAAUAAUGAAAUACGUGUCUGAGAAACUCAUUUUUAUAGUUUCACCCAGUUGCACAUUUUAUGCUUGUCUUUUACUUUCCUGUUAUUUUUUUCUCUAUCUGAAAACUGCAUAUUUGUUGUCAAAGAAAUGGAUAGUGCGUUGUAUUGAAUGAACUGAGGAAAACGUCCGAAAAUGAACAUUCUCUGAUCAAUAAAAAUUUCGGCAGAUACACUUAAAGGGCCCCGCACCAGGUCCGGCUAUUUUGACCUGACAAGCGCCGUGCGUACAAUGUACCCUGGAAAGAGCUUAUAUUUCAAACUGAAUGUCGUUUGCCCUUGUCCUCACAGGCACCGCGCUCCCAGCCGAAGAGCUGACGCGUAUCGCACAAGUGCGUCUACGUACAUGGCAGUGUUGCGACGUCACUUAUGGCACAUGAUUUCAAUAUAUAUUCAAGGCAACAUCUGUUAUUUGUGUAAUCUGCUGCUUCAAUAGACGUAUUAAAGUUUAGAGGAAAUAAUGAAACAUACAAAUCGAAUGUCUGUGUUUUUGUUUUACUUCGCACUGCAGCAAGAGAGAUGUACUUCUGUUUAGCCUGCUUGUUCCCACAUAGUGCAGUCGCAUGCGCAGAAAAUGAAACUAUGUCAUUUGCUACCAUAUUCCAGCACACAGCCAUGAUCUGUGAUCCACUUGUGUCAUCCUCAGUAUAUGUGUAGCGCUGACUUAUACCGCUAGUCAAGUGUUCUCAUGCACAGCGUGCAAAAUCGUGCACUGCGCGAAACGAGACAAACACAACAGCUCACGUGCGAUGCCUCCAGCUUAAGUGUGCUGUGAAAAAAAAACAGCAGGGUCCGUGACAUAUGCAUCACGUGAUCCUUGAGCUCCGGUAUGGGAGAACACAGAACGAAUUUCUAGCCUUUUCUUCUAGCCUCCACUUGCGGAGGCUAGAAGGGGCUGGAAUCAUGGGUUCGCGGCACUGGAAUAUUUAUAUUGUGGCUAUUCAUGAACCAAUUCGAAAAAUUCUUGUGGGAGAACACUUCCUAGAGGGCACGUAAUAACUUCCAGCAUAUAACCAAAAUUUUCUGUGUGGGCCCUUUAAUACUGCUUAUGUCUGGGAAUGCUAAAGCAUUGUUGCUUUGGUAAAAUGUUUUCGCUUCGGUAUUCACCCGCAUGUCGUCGUGCACGUUGUAAACUUGCACGGCGUACCUUUUGAGACAUGACGGCGGUGGUAAACCUCAUUUUAUACACUCAUGAUUUGGCAUCGAGAGUUGUUGUUUCCACUCGCCAGGGCCGUGACUAGGGGGGGAGGUAUUUAGGGGGUCCUGACCUCCCCCCGGGUAGGGUGGCUAGAAGGGGAGGUGUGAAUACCGGCGGGCGCUUUCCUUCGGGCGCGCGUGACCCCCUUGCGCACCGAUGCCACCAGGGGGAACAUGGCGCUGCUGCUCGCGGCGUGGUAUUACGGCGUGGUAUUCCCGCGCUGGCCUGCGCCCUCCGCUGCCAGUUGGUCUCGUCGCCUAUUUUGGUGUUCCUCCCGACAUUCCGUCAUUCGAGGGCGAGAUGCUGUGGACCACCAAAGUUAUGUUGAGCACCGCAGCGACGCACGGCUAGUUUAUUACAUUGCAGGUUAUGUGGCGAGAAGGCGUGUUUUGCCCACACAUUGUGAAGACUGCGAAGCACCAUAAAGGCAAUAUCCCCAGAGAGUUUCCACCAGAGGCAUCCAAAGAGUGGGACCUUGAGGGCCUUUUAUAUCCCUCAGAAUCGUUCUAUAAGCUGGACAAUGCCCUUGAAAACAAGCUCACUCGUUUAUUCAGUGUAACACCCGCCGUGGUUGGCCAGUGGCUAUGGUGUUGGGCUGCUGAGCACGAGGUCGUGCGAUCGAAUCCCGGCCACGGCGGCCGCAUUUCGAUGGGGGCGAAAUGUGAAAACACCCGUGUACUUAGAUCUAGGUGCACGUUAAAGAACCCCAGGUGGUCAAAAUUUCCGGAGCCCCCCCACUACGGCGUGCCUCAUAAUCAGAAAGUGGUUUUGGCACGUAGAACCCUAUAAUUUUUAAUUCAGUGUAACACGCUAGCAUGCCAAAGCUGCGGCCGAGAUUUUGCAGUCAAUUGGUUAAAUGUCAAAGAUUGGUUGCCUAGACCAUUCUGCUACCCUGAAAGCCUCAGUUAUACGUUUUUAUUGCCUCACAAGGAUUCACUUUUUGCUUAAAGGUGUCAAUCAGCAGAGCAGUGAGAAGAAACGGAAAACACUGAAACCUUGUGGGUUGUAAAUUUUUUUGCUCACUUGUAAAUAAACGAUUUCAUGACCAGAUCUGUUGCUUCACUGUCUGCAAUCAUAGUAAAUUCCUUAUAUGAGCGUCAAAAUGACAUGCUACAGGUCUGCAAGCGCAGACAAAAACUGGUUUGUAAAUACGUCCAGACUUUAGGCCGCCGUUCCUGCGACCCGGUCAACGGAGUGGAAAGGGGGGGUAAGCGUUAUAGUGCCCUGGUCGUUCGAACGCUUAGGGCCCAAAAGCGUUAGGUUCACCCAAAUAGACGCUAAAUAAUGGUUUGGCUUGGCUCCGUAUAUUAUUUUUAAAUAGGUGGCGCGAAAGCGAUGAACGCUACGAGAGCCCUGAAUCGGUGCUUCCGUUCUGCCCGUGCGGUCUUCGCCUGUGUCCGUGGCUGUAGAGAAGUGAUUGUAGCUGUUUGAUGUCGUUAAAUGUGAGAGCUUGUGGCGAAGUGAUUGAGUAUGGCCGUAGUGGUUCUGCCCAUGUAGUGUUUCGCGGACUUCACCAGUGCCUGUGACUGAUCGUGUUGCCCAAUAGCUUUGUGGAAAGCGACGUGGUUUGUGUGGAUGUCAUCGCAGCUUUUGCCAGCUCCUGGGUGGCCCCUGUGCCAGUUAUUGAUGGCGUUGCCCAGUAGCUUUGUGGAAGUUGAUGUACCUUGUGUGGAUUUCGUUGCCGCUUAUGACUGCCUUAAUUAUAGGUGGUCACGCUCCUUUUUGAAGCGCGUCCGAGCGCGAGAAACUUCACCGAUUUUUUUGUAAACAACGUGGACGUCUCGAAAUGUUAGCUAGAAAUCAACUAGCAGCAAGCCAAGUCUGUAUUUUGUGGUUUUUCGAGCUUAUGCUCAUGCGAGCAGCAGAAGAACAAAAGGUCCGUUACAUAAUAUCAGUUCCAUAAAAUCAGCUUUGCCGCAAUACAGUCAUGAUAUGCGGUGAAGCAUACGUAAUGUAUUGCGGUAAAGUAUAUGAAAAAGUAGGCAGGGACCACUGCGUUACUGGGGCGAUUUUCUUGUAUUAUGGUCAUGGCCGUGCACGAACAAGGAAAAAUCACGGUCGAUGCGCAUGGCACAAACCUUGCCAAAGCUUCAAUUGAAAAAAAAAAAGAAAGCGAAUUGGAGUGGGUGAUGCCAAAAACAAAGCCUUGACUUUUGUAUUAUCAAAGCAGUUCCGAGAAUAGUCAAUCAUAUUCCAAGCUCCUGCAUUAUUUGAUUGCUUAAACUAUAUGCAUAUAUUGUGCACCAGCCUUAGCACCAUUUCUAAUGUACCUUAAUUAUGUAAGUUUAAUAACACGUGGCAAAUAUAUAAUUUGUGCUGUAUGGUGUUGUGCUGUUUAUAAGCUGCUGCUUUCAUGUGGUAAUGUGUACAUUAGCUGGAAGAGUUGAUGCAUCCUCCUUAUAGAACUCAGUGAAAGGUGAACCACCUGUCAAGCCAUCAUUGUUCUUGCGGUUGUACACCAGAUUUCACAAACAUGGGGAUAGUUAUGAUAUAGAAAGACUAGCUGAGGUUUAACAUAUCCACAUGCAUGCACAGGAGUGCGGGAGUCGACCAUCUAUCUCUCUAACUCAGGUUGAAUGUGCAUACUUGAGUAACGUGUAACGCUUGUUUGGUGUCAGGUUUCUUUUAUUGUUAGCCUAGUUUGUGUGUUUCUCCCAUUUGUAGGUUUUAGUGUGUGUUGCUGUGUAUGUAUAUAAUUGCUUCCAGAGUGGCUUUCUUGUUGCUAAUAAAUUUAGAGAAGGCAG